GGAGAAUUUACCCCAUUUAACGCCAUCCGGUCCCCUCAUUGCAUAUCUCGAUCCACAUUCAUUAACCAUUUCCCACCUUCUCUUCAAACCACAAGAGAAACGAAGCAAAAAGUGAUUGCCCAUCUUCCAUCCUAACUAUCGCGAACAGCUUCACAUGAAUAUUCUCCGCACUGCAAGCCGAUCCAUCACUCAGCGCAUUCGCACCGUCGGAGCUUUCCCCGCAGCGACAUCUCACAACCCUCGCCUUCACCGAAUUCUUCCGCACUCCCACCUCGCAAUCAACCGCACAAUGGCUUCUGCCGUAGCCAAGCGCCUCGAAGGCAAGACAAUCGUGGUCACCGGCGCCUCGUCUGGUAUCGGAUACAGCACUGCCAAGGAAUUCGCGCGCUCGUCGCCCCAGAACCUCAAGAUCAUCGUCACAGCGCGCCGCGUCGAUAAGCUGGAGCAAUUGGCCAAGGAAAUCAAGGAAGAAGUAGGCGAUGGCGUGAAAGUCCUGCCCGUGGCUCUGGAUGUGUCCGACCCGGCUGCUGUGAAGAACUUCAUCCCAUCCUUGCCUGCCGAAUUCCAGGAUAUCAACGUAUUAGUAAACAAUGCUGGACUGGUCAAGGGUGUCGCGCAGGCUCCCAAUAUCGAACCCGAGGAUAUUAAUGUCAUGAUUUCUACCAACGUCACUGGGCUGAUCAACAUGACCCAAGCCGUCCUCUCCGUCUUCAAGAAGAGAGACGAGGGCGGCCGCGGCGAUAUCAUCAAUAUCGGAAGCAUUGCUGGUCGAGAGCCAUAUGCUGGAGGCAGCAUCUACUGCGCCUCCAAAGCUGCCGUGCGCAGCUUCACAGACGCGUUGAGGAAAGAACUCAUUUCGACCCGUAUUAGAAUUAUUGAGAUCGAUCCCGGCCAAGUCGAGACGGAAUUCUCGGUCGUCCGUUUCUACGGUGAUAAAGCAAAGGCCGAUGCUGUCUACGCUGGCGUUGAACCUCUUACACCUGAUGAUAUCGCCGAGGUCAUUGUCUUUGCCGCAGGACGCAGGGAGAAUGUUGUGAUUGCUGAUACUCUCAUCUACCCUAGCCACCAGGGCGGUGCCGGUGCUGUUUACCGUAAAGCAUAAAUAGAGCCAUAAUAGUAUAUUAGUACUAGAGGUACAUAGAUUUUGAUUUUACCUUGCCUUGGAUUACGCACAGGUGUGAUACGGCUGUUCAGAACUAAACAAUAUCGAUUGUUUCCUGCAUAAUUUACAUAUUGUGAAAUGAAACUCACAUCCCUGCAACCAAAAUCAUGCCCCAGAAGAUAUUUGAAAAGGAAGAAAAAUGCGAAUCAACCGGUAAACCAAAAGAUCGCAAUAUCGUCAGAAUAUUAUAUAAUUCACCACAUACAUAGUAUGCUUCUAUCGUUCGUCAUAAUCAGGCGUAAUGCCAGUCUCCAUCCACAUGGAAUACUAAUCAAUGCCUUGUAUCGCAACAAUCCCCGCCGAGUC